AUGGAACCCCAACCAGUCACCCCCGAGGCUGUUGAGUCUGCUCGAGAGCACUCGCUCUUCCUUAAAUUGGUCUAUUGGCACAAGCUCUUCGAAUCCGACAGCCCGCCCCGGCUAGGUAUCGAUGUCGAAAAACGCAUACCGUACACCACAACGUCGGCAAUUAUGACUGGCUUAGCUUUAGGAUAUGUACAUGGAAGCAGAAGAGCAGGUCUCGUGUUUCGGGCAGAAAACGCACAUCGAUUUCCCACCUCGUCAACCGGCUGGUUCCAGUACCACAAGACUAAGAACUACAUCUCUAUCGUCGGCGGAGCGAAGGAUGGAGCAAAGAUGGGCCUCAGACUGGGCACUGGGGCCCUUGCGUUUUCCCUAUUUGAGGAGACAGUCGACUAUGCUCGUCAUGAUGAGCGAGACUUCAUUUCAACAGUCAUCGCUGGCUUAUCAUUUUCUGGCAUCUACAGUUUACUAGCUUGUCAUGAUGUUUAUACUGCGGCGCGCACAGCAAAGCUUGGCUUGAAGUUAAGCUUGGGCUACGGUCUACUGCAGGACGCAUUGGAGACCAUGAAAGGAAACCGCCCAAAAUACCUAGACUUUUUUGCAGGGAAGCGCCAAGAUAAAUUCAAAGAGGAGAGCUCUGUAUGA